CCUGCUUUGUAGAUGAAACCGUGAUACAGUGACUUGAAUUCGUUGAUCUUACCAUCUUCGCCACUCUCUCCUUUGUUGCCCUGCGUUCGCUACAUUGAGCUGUUGUCGCUGUGCCAUCCCUCGUUGAGCAGCCGUCCCAACGUCACCCCCACACUCGUUCGACCCUCUUGUGACCCUCCUCGCCCUUGCACGCACGGCGUUUGGUGAAACACGAAACGCUGCACUCCCUCGUCGUGCUUGCCAGCGCCACAGCAAGACCCUACGACCCUCACCUCCGCUUCAUCGCCGCAUCAUCGAGGCGACACGUACGCCCAUCACACGUUAUCGAUACCGAGGUCGCUGCCGACAGCAACGAAGCGCACCCCCUCCUACCACAGCUAUAUCACUCAGCGCUGUAGGCCUCGUACUUGAAAGGAGAGACGUGAAAUUGGUCGCCGAGACCUUUGUGCGAUACGAUGGAAGACAAAUACAUUGGCUUGAUGCUGGCUGUGUCCUCGUCACUUGCUAUUGGCGCGAGUUUCGUCAUAACGAAGAAGGGUCUGAUUGCGUCCGCUGAAAAACAUGGCUUCGACGGAGAGGGCUUCUCGUACCUGCAGAACCCUACUUGGUGGGCUGGGAUAACGACGAUGGUACUCGGCGAGAUAUUCAACUUUGCAGCAUACGCGUUUGCGCCCGCAAUUCUCGUAACGCCGUUGGGAGCACUUUCGGUGCUUAUUGGCGCGGUUCUGGGAUCGUAUUUCUUGGACGAACAGCUAGGCGUGCUGGGAAGAAUUGGCUGCGCGAUAUGCCUCAUCGGAUCGGUUGUCAUUGUACUGCAUGCGCCGCCAGACAAGGAAGUUUCGUCUGUAGACGAGAUCUUGAAUCUUGCGAUCCAACCUGGCUUCCUCUUCUACUGCGCCUUUGUGGCCGUCUUCUCCAUGUUCAUGAUCUAUAAGAUUGCGCCAAAGUAUGGCCGAAAGAAUCCACUGAUCUACCUCUCCAUCUGUUCGACGACCGGCUCCGUCUCGAUUAUGGCUAUCAAAGCCUUUGGCAUAGCGCUGAAGAUGACGUUUGCCGGGAACAACCAGUUCACGCACCCCUCGACAUAUGUCUUUGUUAUCAUGAUCGUAGGCUGCAUCCUCACGCAGAUGAACUACUUCAACAAGGCUCUGAGCCAGUUUUCGACAAACAUUGUCAAUCCUCUCUACUAUGUGACGUUCACCACCUGCACCCUCAUUGCAUCCUGUCUGCUCUUCCAGGGCUUCAACACAACAUCCUCCGUGAACACGAUCUCGCUCCUCUGCGGCUUCCUUACUAUCUUCUCCGGUGUCUACCUUCUCAAUCUCUCGCGCGAAGACUCUCAAAUCAGGAACGCCUGCGACUCGUACGCCGAUGGUCUGCCGUCUGACCCUCUCUCCGAAUUUCACACACGACGCAGCAUGCAAGCACGGAGAAGCGAGGAGUUAAGGAGCCCGUUCCAUGCGGCACGGAACAGUGGAGACAGGAGGGGGCUGAUGCACGACUACGACGUGGAGAACCAGUUCGAACUGGGAGACUUGGCGGAAAGUGAAGAUGAGAUGGAGCCUGAGGGCAAGAGGACGAGCUUCGAUCGGCAGACAAGACUCAACGGGCGCGCAAACGUUGGCAAGUCGAGAGACGUGAGAGUAAAGAAGGAAAUAGUGGAGCCGAAACGCGUUGCAUCACUUCGGUGAGUGCUGCGCGACUAAAGAAGUCUUUGCAUCAGCAGAAGAGAUGAGAAGGUGGGAGGCAAGGAGGCGUUCCGGAUCAUACCACAUAACAAAGGAGAUUCCGCAUGGCUGGCUACGCGGAUUACGUUUCGUUUGUUUGCAGAGUCCGCAUUUGAGGAUUGGGAUCGAUAUUGUUAUCUAUUGGCGUUCAGAAGGAGGGUGUGCUCGGUAGUACAUGGAAGAAGGCGCCUAGGAAGCGAAAAACCUUGUACUUGCAUGAUGUCAGCAUGAAAGCGUAUACCCAGGGCGAUAUACAAGGCGG